AUGGUACGGGAUGUCCCAAAGUGCUUCAUCCUCGGUCCUUCACAGUAUUGGUACCUUAGUGUUCAGAGCGGAAGGAAUGCAGGAUUGUGUUCGGAUAUCGUGUCCGUAACUGAUGUGCCACACAGUGAAUCGGUUGAAGAAGGCCCUUUCCAUCCCCCCUCCCAUUCUUUUUCCACUGUCUUCGAUGAGGACAAGCCAAUAGCCAGCAGUGGAACUUACAACUUGGACUUUGAUAACAUUGAGUUGGUCGAUUCUUUCCAUGCCUUAGGACCGAGUUCUCCAGACACCAAGAAUCGUGACCCCAAAGCGAAUGUACGAAGAAAGUCUACCGAUUCCGUCCCGGUUUCCAGAUCUACGUUAUCUCGGUCUCUUAGCUUGCAAGCUAGUGAUUUUGAUGGGGCGUCUUACCUUGGCAAUAACGAGACACUGACACCGGCAGCAGAUGUGUACAGCACUGGUUCAAGCAGUGCUUCUAGUACCCUUAAGAGGACAAAGAAACCCAGGCCAGCUUCCUUGAAAAAGAAGCCGUCGGCAAAAAAGCCUCUGGAAGCUCCACCGGUGAAGGAAGCACCCCAGGACCUGUCUGAUCUGAGCCAAGCAGAUUCUGCCCCAGAUGUGGAAAAAGCAGUAUCGGAAACAAAGGUUGACUCCGUAAAACCUGAAUGUACCGAACCUUCUAAAAUCUCUGCUGAGAAGCAGGAGGCCCCAGCUGUGCCUGAAGGAUCCCAGGCUUCGGAUCCAGACAGUUUUGAAGGGAUUAGUGCGUUUAGCGCCGGAGGUGGCAAAGUGCAAAACUCACCCCCUGGCACUAAGAAAACGCUACCUCUUACAACGGCACCCGAGGCUGUGGAGGUGACUCCGCCUGACACUGGAGGACAAGAAGACCCUCCAGUGAAAGGGGCAGCGGUGAGGCUCGAAUUUGAUUAUUCUGAAGAAAAGAGCACCAGCGAAGACCAGCAAGAGAGCGCUCCUCCUCCCAAAAAAGUAGGGAAAAAGCCUGGUGCCAAAAUGCCGCUACGGAGGCCAAAGACUAAAAAGCCAGUGGAGAAACUUGACAAUGCUCCGACUACACCGACCCAGCCGCCUGCUGAUCCAAACGACAUCCCGAUCACAAAAGGCUCCUAUACUUUUGAUAUUGACAAGUGGGAUGAUCCCAAUUUUAACCCAUUCUCUUCUAGUACAAAAAUGCAAGAAUCUCCCAAACUGCCUCAACAGACCUACAGUUUUGAGCCAGACAUGUGUGAGGACUCUAUUGACCCCUUUAAGUCUUCUUCUAAGAUAGCCAACUCACCUUCCAAAUCUCCAGCCUCUUUUGAGAUACCUGCCAGUGCCAAUGAGACAAACGGAACCGAAGGAGAAAACUUAAAUAAACCCGCAAAAAAGAAGAAGACGCCAUUAAAGACGAUGGUAGAAGAUGUGAUGUCUGUAUGUUCUCUGUUUGAUACAUUUAGGGUGAAAAAAUCACCAAAAAGAUCCCCAUUAUCUGAUCCUCCUUCUCAGGAUCCCACUCCACUGCCAACUCCAGAAACGCCUCCCGUCAUAGCCACGGUGGUUCACGCGACGGAUGAGGAGAAACUGGCAUCUUCAGUGACCGGUCAGAAAUGGACCUGCAUGACCGUGGACCUGAACACGGAUAAGCAGGAUUACCCGCAACCCUCUGAUCUGUCUACAUUCGUUAAUGAGACUAAAUUCAGCUCUCCCACAGAGGGUAUGCUUUACAAACGACUGGAUCCAGCUCGUGGUUUCUUUAUUGGCCAAGAAUUUUCAGUUUGGUCCGGGAUGUUGGCCUGU